UUACAGUUUACAUUUACGUCGCGCUCCCUUUAUAAUCGUUUAGUUUAAUAAUUGCGUUGAUAUUUAUUUAAUAAAUACUUUUAAAUUCUGUAAAGUUCAAUAUUUAUAAAUAUAUGAAUAACAAAUAUAUAGACUGAGUUUAUAUAUUUAGUGUCAUUUAAUUUAAAAAUUUAAUGACAAUUAUGGAGGUUAAUUCUGAAGAGAUUAAAAAAUUUAAUGAUGAUUCUGCUGAUAAAAUCAGUAAUGAAAAGGCUGACGAAAUGAUUCCGUCAGAUUUAAAACAAGAUUCCAAGUCUGUAGAGUCAGAAUCAAAUACAGUUCCAAUGUCAGUUGAUGAAUCAAAGCCAGAUCAUAGUUUAGAAACUGAAGAUCAAUUAAAAUCAAACCAAGAUCUAAAGCUUGAUGAGUCUAAAGUAGACCCAGAAGCAUUGAAGUCAACAGAUGAAUUACCUGGUCAAGGAGCAUUUAAAAAGCCAGCGCUAUUAAUUGGUCCUCGUCGAGGUAAGACAGGAUCGAUACGCAUACUAUCGAAUGGAAAAGCAUCUCAAGUAGCUUCAGUAGCAGUUCAAUCAACAUCUGACAGCUCUGAUGAACCAGAAAUAAUAUCAGAGUCAAUAGAACCACCGAAAGUAUCAACUCAGGAUCACAAGCAACAACUACCGUUGCCUUACAAAGAACCAGCAUGGGGAGGAAGUCCCUCCGGUGACUACAAAGUUGAAGUAUUAAAGUCAGGAGUGAUAUUGGACACUAUAGAUCUAACGAACAAAAGUUUCCACGUGAUUGGACGUCUUCCGGUCUGCGAUAUCCCACUUGCGCACCCGACAAUCUCGCGGUACCACGCGAUUCUCCAGUACCGCGUCAACGGGGAUGAAAAAAACGGCCCGGGAUUUUAUCUGUACGACCUCGAAAGCACCCACGGGACUUUUUGGAACGGCUGCCGCAUAAGGCCCAAGACCUACGUCAAGCUCCAAGGUGGACACAUGCUAAGAUUCGGGUGCAGUCAGCGUAAAUUUAUUGUGCAGACACCCGUUGAGGAAGAGGAGCAGGAGUCCGAGUACACGGUGACGCAAUUGAAGGAGAUGCGCCGACAGGAGUUAAUGGAACGGGAGAAAGAAGAACGAGAACGCCAGCAGAUGUUCGAAGAAAUGGAGCGGCUGAGAAAAGAAAAAGAAGAAGCUGAUGGAAUAGACUGGGGGAUGGGUGAAGAUGCUGACGAAGAGACUGACAUGACUGAGAAUCCUUAUGCUAUGACUAAUAAUGAAGAAUUGUUUCUUGACGACCCCAAGAAAACGCUCAGAGGAUGGUUCGAGCGCGAAGGUUUUGACUUGCAGUACCAGACUGAGGAGAGAGGAGUCGGGCAGUUUCUAUGCUGGGUCGACUUGCCUAUUGAAGCGGCGGUAGGUCGCAACGUACGUGCGGAAGCUUUGGUAAAGGGCAAGAAGAAAGAGUCAGUUAUCCAGUGCGCUACUGAGGCAUGUAGAGUUUUAGACAGAUACGGAUUGCUGAGACAGGCCACGCACGAAGGACGCAAACGCAAAUCACGUAAUUGGGAGGAGGAAGAUUUUUAUGACUCUGAUGAAGACAAUUUCCUAGAUAGGACUGGUACCGUUGAACGCAAACGCGAACAGAGGAUGCGCAAUGCUGGUAAAUUGGAGACUAAGGCUGAAACUUACUCGACGUUGGUGGAAAAAUUGUCUGGAGUUACGAAAGAAAUAAAGGAGAUUGAAGUAAAGCUGAAGAAACAUCAGGACACCAAGCGUGGGGUUGAUUCAGAUUCAAAUGAAGAUGCUCUUGAUGCUUUUAUGUCGAAUUUGAGCUCUGCUGUCUUAAAUAAGAGUGACAUUUUGAAAAUGAAGUCCCAGUUGCAGCAAUUGAAGAAAGAAGAAGAGAACCUGAAGAAGUUGGUUGAUUUUGCUAAACCAGCAAACUUGCCGUCGUUGGUUUCUAGUUCAGCAGUGGAAGACCAGGUAGAGAAGCCAGAGAUAGAAAAACGACGCAGAACUGACGAUGAUGACAGUUUGGUUUGUAAGUUGGUGGAAGAUGAAGAGAGGAAAGUGUCCAAGAGUCGGUACGGGCUGAUCAAGAGCGAAGAGAUUGCUGUCAUUCAGAAAGAGCUUAAGCAGGGUGAUGAGGCUGAUGAGCAAGAGAGUGUCGAAGAAAAGAAGAUUGAAGAGAAUAAAGCAUUUGAAGGAAAAAUUGAGCAAGAAGAGAGUAAGAAGACGGAGAAAAAAGAUGAGGAAUUAUCGGAAGCUGAGCUCCUGAGAAGAAAGAAGAAAAAUAUGAAGCGCGCGCAGAAGAGGGCUGAGAAGGCGGCUAAAGAAAGUAAGAAAUCUUAUGACGAAGAUAUUCAUAGCGUUGAUUAUUCCACUUGGGUGCCGCCUUCCAAUCAAUCUGGCGAUGGACGGACUAGUUUAAAUGACAAGUUUGGUUACUAGGCUACAAUAGGUAAUUAAGGACAUUCUCAAACAGUGGUUCCCACUUUUUAAGAAUUUUCAAUGACAAUUGUUAUACAUGAUUCAAAAUUUUAUCAAUUAAUUAAAAAAAAAGUCAAGUAUUAAUUAGGAAAAGGACAAUUUCGCUGAUAUAGAUUUUUAAAAAUAUUACUUUCAGUUAAUAUCAAUUGGGAGUUAAACGAAAUUUGUAAAAUAAAUAUCAGUAAAAUCUUCAUGUCAAUUAUAUAACUAAAAUUUUCAAAUUUUGUAGGCUAACAUUUAUUC